AUGCAGUUUGAAGUAGCUGGCGGUUCGCACACAGUACCCCUCACACAGAGAGUGGCGUCCGUGUAUUCGCUGGCAGGAGCUCAGCACAGCAGACUCCAAACGUUGUCAGGGCUGCAAAGGUCGAAAAACAAACCCGAAGCAAGACAAGGCGGGAAAACGCAAACUGACAAUACCCGUCGCCGUAAUCUGCCAAAGCGCAAGAGAAACAAAUCCGAUGGUGCGCCGAGAUCUGCAGUCGAACAUGAGAAGCAAGGCAUGAUGGAGGGCGACUCAAAACGAUCCCCAGUACAGACCGUUGACAAGGCAGCACGUGACCUCGGGAGCGAUACUGAGACACCGCAGAACUUGAACGGAAAGGUGGUAAUGGAAACUCCAGAGGCGCAAAGCGGGAGAAAAGUAGUCGUCAGCAGGAGAGAACCUGAAAAAGGUGCAAGCGCUGCCAGAGAUGAAAGUGAGGUGGAACCGAGAACAAUAUUUAUUAACAAUCUUGCUUUCAACGUUUCUGACACUGAACUGCGGACAGAGUUCGACUUUGCUGGAAAAAUCGAGCAAGUUCGCAUUCCGAGAAGAAGCGACGGUGCAUCCAAAGGUAUAGCGUACGUGCAGUUUGAAAAUGAUGAAUGUGUAGAGAAGGCGCUACAGAAACACUUGAAGCCGAUUAAAGGGCGAUCGGUGUGGGUUCGACGCUCGAAGCCUCCAAGGCGGAAAGCGAGGAAGGCGAAAGGAAGCGGGUCUCCAAGACACACUGCAAAGUCGCAUGCAGCUGCACGUGGGCCGGUGUGGCAGUUACAGCCUCGAUCUGUGAAGCGAAGGAUUCUGGACACUCAAGCGGAAGUCGGGGGAAAGGAUGGGGACGUAAAGAUGACGGAUGGAGAGCCUGAGGAGAACGGAAGUGCGGGGAAGCUAGACGAAGACUGCCAAUCAGUACCGAAAACGCAAGACGACUUUCGGGCAAUGUUUCUUUCAAAAAAGUAA